AUGAACAAGUCCUCGAGUAGUGGAAGAACAAAGCAUAAAAACGAGGACGAUAAAAUAAUUCCGGCUUCGUCAAAUUCCAAAAUAUUUCCUUGUGUUGUCGUCGUCGCUGCCGCCGUGGUCUCAAAGCUGGAGCCACCAGAGACGGCGCUCGGACCAGCUGGAGGAAAUAGCUUGUGGACCAAGUCGAUAAUAUCACCCAACACAACGGGCAGUGACCCUACGGGAGGGGGCAACCGGCCUUUUGCGGCCACCCCCAACAACCAAACCACUUCGCCCUUCUCCGCCCCGGGUACUCCUAAUUACCAGAGCGGAGGAGGGGGCGGUUACCCGACGAGCGGGAGUGUGCCCGCAGCAGGAAGUCCAUUUACACCGCAAGGGGGUGCAGCUUCCGGCGGCGGCCCCUCCACCCCGUGCCCACCCCCUCACUACGCCCACUCCCCAGUCCCCUCUGGCUCCUCCACCCCCGUCGGAUUCAAUUCUCACGGCCCACCUCACGGCGGAGGUCAAUUUAACCCUCAAUCCGGCCUUUACAACGGUCCCGGUGGUCCCAACUCGCCAUAUUUCAACAACUUUCCUCCCAACGGCGGUGGUCCACCUCCACGGCCGAGAAACAACUCGUUCCCGCCCUAUCCAAACCAAGGCCCCUUCGUUCCCGGCGGGGGUGGACAUAACAACAAUUUUGUCCCACCCCCUUUCCCCUCACAUCACUACUCUCAACAACAAAUACCUCCCGUCCGACUUGCAUCAAGCGUAGAUUGUUACCGUUCCAUGUUAUUUUCUGAAAUUGUAGAGACGUUUUGA